UGCUUGUGUGACUCUGAGUGCCACAAUGACUUUCUUUUUGAUAUGUCACUCAGACAAGCUGAAGAAACUUACAGUCAUUCGACCUGGUAGACGCAAAAGAUAAUAACUACAUCCAGUGUGACGAGUUCAUCUGAACCUGUAAGGAUGGCAGAUCAUGGUGAACCUUGCACUGGGUCAGAUGCAUCCUAUUGCAUGAAUGGAGGAAAAUGCUUUAAAAUACCCUCUAUGUCCACGCUCACCUGUGUAUGCAAUAACAACUAUGUAGGCAGCAGGUGUGAGCAGUUCCAACUGGAGAGCAUAUCAGACAAAAGCCAUGAGACAGGCAUGAUCGCUGCUAUAGCCAUCCUCCUCAUCCUCAUCCUGCUGGUGCUGGCUGUGAUCAUCUACUACAUCUGCAAAGCGCAAAGGAAAGCAUCAAGAAGUACAAGGGACACAGCAUGAUCCCAGCAUUGAGCAGUAUGGCCAAUCUCAUUGAAGGAUAAACUGGCUUCUAAGGCAUUGUGAUAUCUUAAUACUUUCUUAAUAUUUAAAUUAAGGCAUGUAAAUAGUUUUUUUCCAAUACAUUUUGUUUUUCAAAAAUAAUUUAAUAUAUACUUAUGUCUUCAGAGUAAAAGUUAUAUUCCAGAUAAGGAAAAUGUUACAGCCAAUGUAAUACAUUUCAAAUAAAGUUAUUAUUCUUGUCAGUUUGAACCUACUGGCAAUAAAACUUUGAGGAAAAUGUCUUACCAAUGCCACGCAUAAUCAUGGAUUCUUCAAUUUUAUGCACAUACAGGCUACAAACAAUUCUCGUACAGGUUCAAAAAGAGACCAAACCAUGUAAUACAUUUUAGAUUCCACUCUUCAUUGUGACAGUGAAAAGACAAAUCAAACACCCUUUGAAUGUAAUGAUUUAAAAGACUGUACAGAUGUUUGAAAAUCAUGUCAAGAAAAUAAAAAUCUAGCAGUAUUAAUA